CUACACUUUUUCUGGCUUUGAAUUAUCGUCGAUCGUAUGAGGAAACUUUGGCUGAUACAUAAUAUAAUGCUAAUUUGCAGUUGACAGAGGAUGAAUCUGAUUAGAAAGGCGUUAAUGACUUCAGCGACAAUGCAAAAGACGAAGGAUUACGAUCCAGGAUUUGUCGGCAUGAAUCUACAACAACAAGAAAUGAAACGACAUCGCGAUUGGCUAAAAAAUCCGGUAUUUCUAUCGGGUACUUUGCUAGCCUGGAUAGCCUUGAUGGGGUAUCUGAAGCCACACAGUGAAAGAGUUUCAUUCGCGGAACACAGAUUUCGAAUAUUCCUGCAAGGAUCGUCAUUCGUCUUUGUACUUACAUGCGCCACAAUAGCUCGAUACUACCAACGAAUAAAGGAAACCAACUGAUACAUUUUCCGAAUCGAAUAAUCUUUCAUUAUUGUCUUCUAGAGAAAAGCUAUCAAAAUUGCGACGCAAUAACUGGUCAGAAAAAGAAAAAAGAUUAUUAUUGUCGAAAAAUUUUUCUGGAAUCCUUUACUGCUUCAAUACGG